AUGGAAACGAGUCAUUCGGGGUAUGAGAAUAGGGAGAGUUACCAAGAGCGACAGGCAAUUGGCAACGAAAGCGAUGUGAGCGUUGUUGCUAAAUUGGUGCUGCUCCGCCUCAGUCCAAUACUCCGCAAGCUGUUGGACCUUUUGAAGACUCUAGAGGAACUGGAUCGUCCUAGAUCGCUUCAAAUAACGCAAGACGGGUUUGCGCACCAUGAACAGUUUCUUUUUUUGCUGCAAAAUCAGAUCGAAGUCUUGAAGCACUUGCGACGAGGGCUGGAGCUUUUAAAAGAGGACUUUUCGCCUAGUCAGAUUUCAACAAGUCUACUGAUCAUAUUCGAUUUUGCCAGUUUACCAUUACUAUUGAUACUACGGAGCGAUCGGCAUAGCUGGGUAUUGCAAACUAAUGACGAUUCUGCUCGCAUACGACAGAGCGCCACAUGGACACGUUUACGGGGAGCAGCGUUUACCUUGACAGUUUUGAUUGGACUGGUCCGAGCUCCAGACGUAAAAGAUGAUUCAACUAGCCGAUUGUCCGUCUCCAAAGCUCUAGUGUGCAUCGAAGCUUGCGCUAUGGCCAUUCCUUCGGGACAGGAAAUAGUAGGUUUGCAGAGCGAUUCGACACAGUCCACUGGUUUAGAUAGGGGCGAAGACUGCCUCCAAGCCCUAUUUGAAUGUAUGAAAGUCUUGGUAGGGGGGAAGGGACAUGAAGAUACGGGGCUAAAACACGCUAUAUCUGAAUCGCUGGAAGGGGCACUGAUGGCUCGAGUAACAGAUUCCUGUAUUGCAUGUUGUGGCAAUUCAAGCCGAACAAUAGGAAUAUCUGAGGAUCGAGAAUGGUCAGACUUUGUACGAACAGGCUGUCUCGAAGUACUUCGAACCUGGAUCGAGGUGAUUGAUAUUCCUGAGCCAUGGCAACGUCUCUUUCCAGGGCUUUUCUCUGGCAUAGUUCGAACUCUUCUGUCGAGCUUGCGCAAAGGACAGACAUCAGAUCUAACUGUUCGGCUAUUUAAACUUUUGGGAGAGCUCUUGACCCGAUGUCUACCGGGUAUGGACCACCAACAGCCUUUUGAGGCUACUAGUGCUCCGGAUUGGCAAGCACUGGUGAAGCUUGCUCAGCGCACAAAAGACCCGUCUCUUGUAGUGUCUUCAAAAAUAAACCACGAGUGUGAAUUUCGGGUCCAGUGCCGCAAGCGAAUAGCAAGUCCAUUGGCAGCGUUAAUUCAAAUGACAUGUGUGGUCCGAUCCCGUUUUGCCGUACACUCAGAUCCUGAGCUUGCCGCUGCGGCCGGUGACGUAUUAAAUGUGUAUUUGAAAAAACAGUCUGCAACGCCACUACGGGAGUCUUUCUGGGUCUACCGUACAAUUUCCUUGAUGGAAGAACUGCAGGUUAUGGCCCAGAGUCGUCGCGAAAUUGAACUACAAGCCAAGGCCCGUCUAGCAAACGGCUAUCUUUCGUGGAUUGGAAAAUCUAAAGCAACGGCAAAUCGUCUACGUGCCUCUCUCUCUGUUUCUGAAACAGUCAACCAUCGCACGCAGAUCUUCGGUCCGAAGGAAAUUGCCACACUGGUGGAUGGCUGGCUGGGGAAACUAUUUCAGCUAUGUGCCAAGCGAGUUAAACGAAAAGAGUCAUUGAUGAGUAGGGAACAUUCGGAUUGGCUUCACGAAUGGAUUGGAGUGGUGUUGCUUGCGACUCGCUUAGUUGACGGCGCUUUCAGAAUGUCUGAGAAUGAUUCGAAAAACAUCAAACGGAAACGGCUACUGUCGAAACUAUCGACCUCGGUUCUACCAGUCUUGACUUCAACGCCAUUAUGGGACCUUCCAACGGCCACAUUAAAAGCGACAGCAUAUACAAACGACGCAGGCUCGAAAGCGAUUGCAGUUGCUCUCCGCGGGAACAUUGCAAUGUCCUGUAGCCUUCUCCAAAUGGUUGCUUCGCUCUUCCAUCUUCUCAGCAAGGAUGGGCGAGAGAUAAUACCUCUCGCUUUGUAUCCGUUGCUCGAAAAAAUAGGAUUUCGACAGGCUUUUCAAGUGCAUGACACCGCUGUCUUCACUUUACAUACGGCGGCCUCGACCUGCGAAUACUUUGAUGUCAAUGAAAUGCUUCAAGACAAUAUGGAGACCGUUCUGGGAGCAACAAUGGGAAGGCUGCGUCUUGCUCAGACUUCUUUAGCCACAGGUAUUGAACAGGAUACUGUUUUACAAGUGGUGGCGUCGACCACAGCUCUGCUUCGGAUCGCAUCUUGUUCUCGUCGAGAAAAAGUGGAGAGCCCAGAAAUGCCAUCCCGCAAUGGCUACUCAAUCUUGUCCUUUAUGGAAGAGCUUGUUCUCCGACUCCUGCAAUUCUUCGAUCGUGCCUCCUCCUUGCUCCGAUUUGAUGAGUCGGCAACCUUGGUCUUUGUCGAUCUAUUUGAAGCUGCUUUACUGCAACUUAAUGCUUGGUACGGCACCAAUAUGGAUGUGUCUGGGAAUGGCGAGGAUGUCAUUGAUUCUGGGUGUGAGACGUGGAUGAAUGCAUUGAAGCCAUUUGAAAAAAUCGAAAAAUUCCUGCCUAAUGAGAACGGGAUUCACCUUCCCUCUGAGGAAACAUUAGCUCGAGCACCUUUGCUGAAGGAUAAACUGCCUGAUGUUCCGUUGCAAGCAUUUGUUUCGAUCAAAGAUACCGAUUUCGCGUCAAGUAUUUUAUCGCGCUGUGCAUAUCUGCUUGCUCAUCCUUGCCUAGCGGUUCAGAUUAGAAGUUGCACCAUUGUCUCGAAGGGGUUUAGUUUUCUCGGCUGGGUAUCUCGACAUGCUUCGUAUUCAGAGGAAGAGCCGAAUGGCGCCCGAACUGCAAUUCUUCGUCAGAUUGCAUCGCUUUGGCCGGUAGUAGCUGCUCGGUUGAAAGUGACGUCGGCAGACCUCAACAACCGUUCGAGCAAUGCUUCAUCUUUGCUACUAGUCUCCAAGACGGAAUCCGUGAACUCGUCAGAUCACAAGCUUGGCGAAAAGAGGAUCUUUCUUAGCGAGCUACUUGAGCUAACUGCUACAAUGACGGUAUCAACAGACGACUUCAUGGCCUCCCGCUUUCGCGAAAACGCUUGGCCCUGUAUUGUCAGUGUUUUGGAGAAACUGAUCAAGCUUUCGCCGGAGUCGUCGAGCCGGCGUUCGAUAGGAAAACAAAUCGAAUGUCAGGCUCAUCUUAUUCCUUUACCCGAGAGUGAGCGAAUUUUGAUUAAGGCCGCCCUUGGCUGCCUUUCUCGGGUUUUCGGGCACGGUCCAAAUCGUAGUGUAUUGAUUGAUCUGGGACAAUCGUGCGCGACAAUCGUAUUUCCUUUGUUGGAGUCGUAUGAUCCCGACUUUGUCGAGCUUACUGUCGACGUUGUGAAAGCGUUACUCCGAAUUGAUUGCGAUACCAUCUGGCGGUCCUUGUGGGAUAUGACCGGCCGGCCUAUUCCCGAUUGUCCGCUGAACCGGAACAAACGAUCGCUGGCGGUAGCCCAGAAUCUCGAAACGGCGACUCCUUUGGCCGUGAAGGCGAGUGAACUGCUAGAUUAUAUCGAAUCGCUGCCGGAACAAUCGUUAAUCUAA